AUGAAGGCGGCGGAUGAGCCUGCCUACCUGACAGUGGGGACUGAUGUCAGUGCCAAAUACCGAGGUGCCUUCUGUGAGGCAAAAAUUAAGACUGUGAAAAGGCUGGUAAAAGUUAAGGUACUCCUGAAACAGGAUAAUACUACACAAUUGGUGCAAGAUGACCAAGUAAAAGGUCCUUUAAGAGUUGGAGCUAUUGUUGAAACAAGGACAUCUGAUGGAUCCUUUCAGGAAGCUGUUAUCAGCAAGUUGACAGAUGCUAGUUGGUAUACUGUGGUGUUUGAUGAUGGUGAUGAGAGAACGCUGAGACGUACCUCUCUUUGCCUGAAAGGAGAGAGACAUUUUGCUGAGAGUGAGACACUUGACCAGCUUCCAUUAACAAAUCCAGAGCAUUUUGGAACUCCAGUAAUUGCAAAGAAGAUGAACAGAGGAAGGAGGUCCUCUCUGCCUGUUAACGAAGAUGAAAAAGAAGAAGAAAGUAGUGAAGAGGAAGAUGAAGAUAAGCGACGUCUCAAUGACGAAUUAUUAGGAAAAGUUGUAAGUGUGGUAUCUACAUCUGAGAAGAGUGAAUGGUAUCCUGCUUUGGUAAUAUCUCCCAGUUGUAAUGAUGAUAUCACAGUGAAAAAAGACCAGUGUUUAAUUCGGUCAUUUAUCGAUUCUAAAUUUUAUUCUAUAGCAAGAAAGGAUAUCAAGGAAGUAGACCUUCUCAAUCUGCCUGAAUCUGAGCUCUCUGCUAAACCAGGGCUGCAGAAAGCAAGCAUCUUCUUAAAAACUAGAGUUGUUCCUGAUAAUUGGAAAAUGGAUAUAAGUGAAAUCCUUGAAUCAUCCAGUAGUGAUGAUGAAGAUGGCCCAGCUGAAGAAAAUGAUGAAGAGAAGGAAAAGGAGGCCAAAAAGGAAGAAGAAGAGAUGCCUGAGGAAGAACCUGAUCCUGAAGAGAGGGACAACUUCCUCCAACAGCUUUAUAAGUUUAUGGAAGACAGAGGUACUCCAAUCAACAAACCACCUGUUUUGGGCUAUAAAGAUCUCAACCUCUUCAAGCUCUUCAGACUCGUUUAUCAUCAAGGUGGAUGUGACAAUAUUGAUAGUGGUGCUGUAUGGAAGCAAAUUUAUAUGGACCUUGGCAUUCCUAUUUUGAAUUCAGCUGCUUCCUACAAUGUAAAAACUGCUUAUAGAAAGUAUCUCUAUGGUUUUGAGGAGUACUGCCGUUCUGCACAUAUUCAGUUCAGAACUAUUCACCACCAUGAACCAAAAGUAAAAGAGGAAAAAAAAGACUUAGAAGAAUCCAUGGAAGAGGCACCAAAAGUAGAUCAAGAAAUGCCUUUAGUAGAAGUGAAGAGUGAACCUGAGGAAAAUAUUGAUUCAAACAGUGAAAGUGAAAGAGAAGAAGUAGAAUUAAAAUCUCCAAGGGGACGAAGGAGAAUUGCUCGGGAUGCAAAUUCUAUUAAAAAGGAAAUUGAAGAAGAAAAAACAGAAGACAAAUUAAGAGAUAAUGAUACAGAAAAUAAGGAUGUAGAUGAUGACUAUGAAACUGCAGAGAAGAAGGAAAACGAACUACUGCUGGGGAGAAAAAAUACACCAAAGCAAAAGGAGAAGAAAAUUAGAAAGCAGGAGGAUUCUGACAAAGACUCAGAGGACGAGGAAGAGAAAAGCCAAGAGAGGGAAGAAACUGAAAGCAAAUGUGACUCUGAAGGGGAGGAAGAUGAGGAAGACACAGAACCCUGCCUUACAGGCACCAAAGUGAAAGUAAAAUACGGACGAGGGAAAACACAGAAAAUCUAUGAAGCCAGUAUUAAAAGCACUGAAAUUGAUGAUGGAGAAGUUUUAUACUUGGUACAUUACUAUGGAUGGAAUGUCAGGUAUGAUGAAUGGGUAAAGGCUGACAGGAUAAUCUGGCCAUUGGACAAAGGUGGACCAAAGAAAAAACAGAAGAAGAAAGCUAAAAACAAAGAAGACAGUGAAAAGGAUGAAAAGAGGGAUGAGGAGAGGCAGAAGUCAAAACGGGGACGACCUCCUUUAAAGUCUACUCUUUCGUCUAACAUGCCGUAUGGUUUGUCUAAGACUGCAAACAGUGACGGAAAAUCAGGUACCAGAAGUGCUCGAAGCAAUAUGCCAGGCAGCUCACCUCUGUCAAAUGGAAUGGAAGACACCUGUUCAUCUGAUAGUGAAACAGAAGACCUUUUAGAAAAGAAUUUGAUGAAUGAAGAACUUUCUCCUGAUAUUAAAGAAGAAUUAGAAAAAAAUGAAAAUUUAAAUGAUGAUAAACUAGAUGAAGAAAAUCCAAAGACUGCUCCACACAUAUUAAAAGAAAAUGAUAGGACUCAAAUGCAGCCUUUAGAAACCUUAAAGUUAGAAGUUGGAGAGAAUGAACAAAUAGUACAGAUUUUAGGAAAUAAAGUGGAGCAAGAAGAAGUUAAGAAAGAAGCAGAAAAAUCUCCUAAAGGAAAGGGAAGACGAAGCAAGACAAAAGAUCUUUCUUUAGAAAUUAUAAAAAUUUCAUCAUUUAGCCAGGAUGAAGCAGGAACUGAACCUCAUACAGAUGCUCAGAGUCUAGAAUUUUCUUCGUUAGACAGUAAAAACUUUUCUUCUGCUACUGAAGAUGAAAUUGACCAAUGUGCAAAAGAAAAAAAGUUGAAACGAAAGAUACUGGGACAGUCAUCACCAGAGAAAAGAAUAAGAAUUGAGAACGGAAUGGAAAUGACAAAUAGCAUAUCUAGCAAUACUCAAGAAAGGACCAGUGAUUGCACUGCAUCUGAGGGAAUGAAAAACUUAAAUUUUGAACACUUUGAAAUAGAAAAUGAAGGAAUGCCAUCAUUAAUAGCAGAGCCAAACCAGUGCGUUCAAGAGUUGACUAAUGAAAAAUUUGAUGGCCCAGCAGAAGAAACUGUAAAUACUCCGCUAAAGGAAGAAGAGGAUGCAAUGCCUCUGAUUGGGCCAGAAACCUUGGUUUGCCAUGAAGUAGAUUUGGAUGAUUUGGAUGAAAAGGAUAAAACCAGCAUUGAGGACGUAGUGGUUGAAAGCUCUGAAUCUAACUCUCUCGUUUCUAUUCCACCAGCCCUACCUCCUGUAGUACAGCAUAACUUUUCAGUAGCUUCACCACUUACUCUCAGCCAAGAUGAGUCUCGAAGUAUAAAAAGUGAGAGUGACAUAACUAUUGAAGUUGACAGUAUUGCUGAAGAAUCUCAAGAAGGUCUCUGUGAGAGGGAAUCAGCAAAUGGAUUUGAAGCCAGUGUUGCUUCUGGUACCUGUAGUAUAAUUGUCCAGGAAAGAGAGAGCAGAGAGAAGGGUCAGAAAAGGCCAAGUGAUGGAACUAGUGGAUUAUUGGCAAAAAAGCAGAAGCGAACCCCAAAGCGAACAAGUGCUGUAGCCAAAAAUGAAAAGAAUGGAGCAGGACAAAGCAGUGAUAGUGAAGAUCUUCCUGUCCUAGACAAUUCAAGUAAAUGUACCCCAGUAAAGCAUCUUAGUGUAUCUAAGCCACAGAAGCUUGCACGAUCCCCUGCAAGGAUAUCCCCUCACAUCAAAGAUGGAGAAAAAGAUAAACAGAAAGAAAAACAUCCGAAUUCAUCCCCUCGGACAUAUAAGUGGAGCUUUCAACUCAAUGAAUUAGAUAAUAUGAACAGUACAGAGAGAAUCUCUUUUCUCCAAGAAAAACUACAGGAAAUCAGAAAAUAUUACAUGUCUUUGAAGUCUGAAGUUGCAACCAUAGACAGGAGGAGAAAAAGAUUAAAAAAGAAAGACAGAGAAGUGUCUCAUGCUGGAGCCUCCAUGUCAUCUGCUUCAUCAGACACUGGAAUGAGUCCCUCUUCAUCAUCUCCCCCACAAAACGUACUUGCUGUAGAAUGCAGGUGA